UAAUAUUUUAUAUAGUAUAGAGGUACGUUUUCAUCCAAACUAGCUCUAAAAUACUCUACUUGCUUUUCUCUAGUUUAUGCGAAUCUUGUGCGUGGAUGCCUCUAUGGUUGUCUUAACAAGAUAAAGUAACAGUCAGUAGGACGUGGAUCCUGCUUUUUGGUCAAAUCUUCUCACAAGUGUCCCAACUCCCAAAUCAAACUUUUAAUAAUAAUGAAGAUAACUCCAAAGUACUUGAACCAUAUCACCAACCAACUUCUAUGCUUCGAUACUCAUCAUUCUACCAGUUGCUUUCAUAGUUUCAUCACCCAAAAAGGUUUUGUCUUGGAAGCAAUCCUCCUUGGUUCUGACUACAAGAAACCAACCAUAAUUUUACCAAUUCAUUGAAGAAGCUGUGAUUUUUUCAUGCUUGAAUCUCUUCUGAAUCCAUGGCUAAAGCUAUAUCCUUCAUCGUAGUUUUUUCAUUUCUACUCAUUCCUGCAAGUACCCUUGUUGAAUCCAACCAAGAAGGAUACAUAUCUGGUGUUAUAUCCAACAAGGGUCUUGAUUUUGCUAAGAAUUUGCUGAUUGAGAAAGCUAUUUCUUCUAUGGUUCCACUUCAGCUGUCUGAUAUUGAAAAGUCAGUGAAAAUCCCAGUUAUUGGCAAGGUUCUUCUUGGUCUAUCUAAUAUCAUAAUUCAUAGUGUCGAUGUUGCUUCUUCAUUGGUUGAAACUGGAGACUCUGGUAUUAGUUUAGUUGCUUCUGAUGCUACUGCUAAUAUGAAUAUGGACUGGAGGUAUUCUUACAAAACUUGGCUUGUCCCAAUUGCUAUUUCUGAUCAUGGAACUGCUACCGUUCAGGUCCAAGGCAUGGUAAUUUGGCUUAAUGCAGCUAUAAUAAACCAAGAAGGAACUCUCAAGCUAUUGUUAUUGGACUGUGGAUGUCAUGUGAAAGAUAUCUCCAUAAAGGUGAAUGGUGGCGCAUCUUGGCUGUAUCAAGGGAUCAUUGAUGCUUUCCAAGGGAAAAUAGUAUCUGCAAUUGAAGAUGCUAUUACCAAGAAUAUCAAAGAAGGGAUAAAAAAGCUUGACUCAAAAUUACAAUCACUUCCAAAACAAAUGCAAGUUAAUGGUGUUGUUGCAUUAAAUGUUACUUUUGUGGAAGACCCCUUGUUGAGUAAUUCUUCCGUGGAGCUUAAAGUUAAUGGUUUAUUCAAUGGAGCAGAUGGAAGUUCAGUUUCAAACUACUACGUUAAAGGAUCACAAAGUUUCCUUUCCUGCACGGAUUCAGCAAAAAUGGUUGAGAUUUCGUUACAUCAAAACGUUUUCAAGUCUGCUGCAUUGGUGUACUUCAAUGCAAAUUAUAUGCACUGGACCGUUGAUAAAAUACCUGAUCAGUCACUGAUGAACACUGAUGGAUGGAGAUAUAUAAUACCAGAACUGUAUCAGCAAUAUCCGGAUGAUGAUAUUAAUUUUAGUAUAGCAGUAACUUCUCCACCGAUCAUACGAGUCUCAGAUCAUGAUAUUGGCACCACCAUUUAUGCAGAUUUGGUUAUUGAGGUCUUAAAUUCUGGUGAAACUGUGCCAGUCACCUGCAUCUCAUUGGUGAUAAGUGCAUCUUGUUCUGCAGAAAUAUAUGGGAAUAAUCUUGCUGGUAGCAUUAGGCUGGUCAACUUUACAGAAAAUUUGAAGUGGAGUAACAUUGGUAAUCUUCAAAUGCAUCUUGUUCAGGCUGCAAUGUCAACAAUCCUUGAGACCUUCUUCAUGCCAUAUCUGAACUCACAUCUUAGCACAGGGUUUCCUUUGCCACUGCCCCAUGGUUUUACACUUCAGAAUGCUGACAUUGUCCGGCUUGAUUCAAAGGUUAAAGUUCUCAGCGAUUUGAGCUUCACAGACAGAUAUGAAUCAUACAAUCUCAACCAGCUACCAAUUUAUUGGUAACAGCUUGAUGUGCAUACAAAAAUCAACUGUGUUAAGUGUUGUGUUCAUAAAAAUUAUUUGCAAGUGAAAGCUGAAAAAGAAUUUUCAUAAUAUAUCCCCUUUAUGUUUAAUUUUUUUAAGUUUUCUUGGUUGUGUCAAAUUUUUUUGUAAUUUUUAGUGCAAAUUGAAAAGAUAUUAAAGUUGGGAGAAGUAAAUGUGGUUUAAUUCUUGUUAAAAUGGUGUCUUUUUAAGGUAUUAUAUAUUUUUUUGUAUCAAA